AUGGCCGAUACGAUGCCGACUCCGAAGCCCGCCGAGGUCGACGGCGCAUCCGUGACGGGUGAGACCUUCCGAAGGACAAACACGUCAACGCCGACAUUGGCCACCAGAGAGAGCGACGACCACCAAGACAAGAAGCCGGAGGAUACGCCGGGUCUGACACAGGAGAAGGUGACGGUCCACACCCCGAUAAUAUCGGCCGACGCGUCACCGACUGCUAGCCAAGUUGAUGUAUCCAAGGACCCCGAAGUUGAUGAGAAGAACGAUCUCGAGAAGCCGCCGCUGGCAGGUCCGCCAGUUGAGAUUGAUGAGGCCGAGGAGAACUUCAAGCCGAAAAGCAUCAAGUUCUGGCUUGUCAUCUUCUCCAAUUUCAUCGCCUUGUUCUUGGUCGCCCUGGACAGGACGAUCAUCGCAACAGCCAUUCCUCGUAUCACGGACGAGUUCGGGAGCUUGGGAGAUAUUGGCUGGUACGGAUCGGCAUACAUGCUCACGACUGCUGCUUCACAGCUGGUAUUUGGCAGAGUCUACAAGUUCUACAACCUUCGCUGGGCAUUCCUCGGCAGCAUAUUCAUCUUCGAGGUCGGGUCUCUCCUCUGCGGCGUCGCGCCAAACUCGGCCACUUUGAUUGCCGGCAGAGCCAUUGCCGGAGUUGGGUCCGCGGGCAUCUUCACCGGUGCUAUGAUGGUCAUGAUCCCGAUGAUCCCGUUGCACAAGCGACCAAUGUUCCAGGGCAUCUUUGGUAUGGUGUUUGGUCUCGCUUCCGUCAUCGGGCCUCUCAUUGGCGGUGCUUUCACGGGAAACGUCACAUGGCGCUGGUGCUUCUACAUGAACCUUCCCAUCGGAGGUGCGGCUCUGGUAUACCUGUUCUUCAUGCUCAAGGCUCCCAAGCACCAACCGCGAGAGCCGGCAACUAUCACCCAGCACUUCUUGCGUCUCGACCCCCUGGGGACAUUUUUCUUCCUCCCUUCGAUCGUGUCACUUCUGCUGGCCCUGGAGUGGGGCGGCGCGACUUACGCUUGGAACGAUGGACGCAUCAUCGCCCUCUUUAUCGUCUUUGGGGUUGCCUUCAGCGCCUUUGCCGCCGUUCAGGUGUUUAUGCCCAAGACGGCGACUGUACCCGUCAGGAUCAUCACGCAGAGAACGAUGUUGGCCGGCGCGUUCUUCAUGUUCUUCUUGGCCGGCUCCAUGAUGUUGGCCGUCUACUACCUCCCCCUCUGGUUCCAAGCUGUCCAGGGCGCAAACCCUGUCGAUUCGGGCAUCUAUACGCUGCCACUCGUGCUUAGCAUUGUGGCGUCAUCCAUCAUCUCGGGAGGCGCAACACAAAAGAUUGGCUAUUACGUGCCGUCCAUGAUCCUGUGCCCGUGUAUCAUGGCAACAGGACUGGGGCUGAUGAGCACCUUCACGCCAGGAAUCAGCUCGGCCCACUGGAUCGGUUACCAGUUCCUGACGGGCUUCGGCUUGGGCUUUGGCAUGCAGACUGUCGGCCUCGCCGUACAGGCCGUGUUUCCCAGGGAAGACGUGUCAACGGGAGUCUCGAUCAGCUUCUUUGCGCAGCAGCUGGGAGCGGCCAUCUUCGUCUCGGUUGGACAGUCAAUCCUGAGCAACAUGCUGGUAUCUGAGCUCUCGGGUAUCCCAGGCCUGCCAGCCCAAGCCAUCGUCAAGAUCGGUGCCACCGAUUUGCACAAGGUUGUACCAGCCCAGUUCUUGGACGUCGUGGUUCAGGCAUACAACUACGCGUGUACCCGGAUCUUCUUGGCCGGCAUGGGACUGGCCCUGGCGACACUUCUCUGCGCUUUGUGCAUGGAGUGGCGGAACAUCAAGAAGGGGCGGAACCGUGAGAGCAGAAUCGAGCCCGAAGCAGAGACAUGA